GAAUCAUUAGAAUCAUCUUUAACUCCAGCUAUUUAAAUUCGAAAUAUGGUUCGAGUGAUUUAUAAAUUAUAAAUGACGUGUUACUUUGGAAAUACAUAUCAACGGAGAAAAUUUUUGCAAUAUUUUACAAAUACUUGUGAAAUGUCGAAACAAGGAUCAAAGAAAGCUGGAAAAAGUCAAAAAUCUACGGUUAACGAGGAAUCUAAAGGACCAAUAAGCAUAGGUAAAGAUGGAAAUGUUAUUAUAAAAAUACAAGCAAAACCUGGGGCGAAACAUAAUAAUAUAACAGAUAUUUCUGACGAUGUUGUGGGCGUCGCAAUAUCCGCACCUCCGGUUGAAGGUGAAGCAAAUACGGAACUCGUGAAAUACUUAGCUUCCGUAUUCGGACUAAGAAAGUCUGAUGUAUCGUUAGACAGAGGCUCGAAAAGUCGACAAAAAGUUGUAGUAGUGUCUGGAACCACAGUGGAAAAGGUUUUGGAAAAAUUAAAGGGAGAGAUGCGAACCUGAGAAUAGCAACAAUUUAUUGUUAACGCAUUUUUACCUUUUGUUAUGCUAACAGCUGUUUCUUUUACGUUUGUAUAAUGUUAUACUCUGUUCAUUUUGAUAAGUCAUAUUUACCGUGCAUAAAUAUGGCAAUCACGUCAAUAUAACAUAUUCAAUUAAUUUAUACAAUAAAAAAGUAAUUUUAUACAAUUGUUACGUCGUAAAAGUAAUUUGUUAAUAACAAUAUUAAUUUCAGCAAUUAAAUAUAUGUAUACUAACGUAGCUUGCUAACGCAUUCAAGCUUCCUUUCGGUGCAUAUAUCGAUUCUAUAACGUACACUUGCUUAUUCGUUAAAAAUAUUAUUUACAAUA